UAGUAGUUGAUAGAAUUUUAGAAAGUUUAAAUUUUUAAUAAAAAAUUUAUUGUUAUAUUUAAUAGGAAUGCUAACCAUAACAGAUUUCAUCAAUAUUUUAAGAACAUAUUAUAAAUCUCCAUUGGUACAUAUGGAUGAAUUAGAAGAACAUAAAAUUGAGACAUGGAGAGAUGUACUAAAAGAAAAAGCAAGAUCUCUAGUCAGCAUUGAACCUGAUGCAAGCCUUUUUGAAGCCAUUAAGACACUUAUCCACAGUAAAGUCCAUAGGCUUCCAGUCAUUAAUCCAAAUACAGGAAAUGUGUUGUAUAUCUUAACACACAAACGUAUACUCAGGUUUUUAUUUCUCUAUUACUAUGAUUUACCACAUCCAAAUUAUCUGUCUAAAACACUUAGAGAACUCAGGAUUGGUACCUAUGAAAAUAUUGCAACUACAACACCAAAUACGCCACUUAUUAUGGCUCUUAAUCAGUUUGUGGAGAGGAGAGUAUCUGCUUUACCAGUUAUUGAUGAUAAAGGAAGAGUUGUUGACAUUUAUGCCAAAUUUGAUGUUAUAAAUCUGGCAUCUGAAAAGACAUAUAAUAAUUUAGAUAUUAGUAUAAAGAAAGCUUUGGAGCAUAGAGAUCAGUGGUUUGAAGGUGUUCUGAAAUGUACACUUGAUGAUACACUAGAAUCUGUAAUGGAAAGGAUAGUGAAAGCAGAGGUGCACCGUUUAGUUGUUGUAGAUGAAGAUGGAUGUGUAAUUGGUGUUAUAUCAUUGUCUGACAUUCUCAAUUAUCUUGUCUUAAGGCCCAUGGGUUUAGAAAAAUCUAAUAAGGAAAAUCAGAUGGUAUCUCAUGUAUUGGAAGAUACUGAAGAAGAAACACUUGAAGAAAGUCAAAAGGAAUUUGACUGAUCUAAUUUAAUAUAUGGUGAUUUAUUCUCAAAUAACAGUCCACAUUACCUAGAAGAUAUAACUUUGUUCUUCAAAGUUUAGGUACAAGAGUCCAUAUGUGUGGCAUUCAGAAAAAAAAGAAAAACAAAUGUAGCAGGACAAGACUGUAGAUAAGUCAUCAUACUUGAAUUGGUUAUUUUUUUGAAGGGUUCCAUAACUGUACAUAAAUUUUCUUCUCGUUCAACGACCAUUCUACAAAAUAAUACAGUCAAAUCCACUUUAUUUUGGUGCUUAUUUACCUAUAAAUAGUACUGUUUUUGUUUUUUUUUUUUUUUUUUUUUUUUCUUCUUCUUCUGAGUGAAGGAAAGAGAAAAUAGUUGUUGGUAAUUUGUACACAUUAUGCAUCAGAAGCAAAAAACAAAAUAAUAUGCAAAAUAUAGAUUACUUUCUGCUUUAUUUUGUUUUGAUUAGUUGCUUAGAUGAAAGUGUAGUAUUUCGCGUUUUGAUGUCAUUAGCUUCAAUGUUAAUCGUGCCACAAUUGGAUAUAAGACAAUAAGUGAUAAUUGAAAUUAUAAAUAGUUUUCUGUACAGAAUGUUGCCUGUAAACUGUCUCCUGUUCAUAUGUAUACUGUAUAUACAAUGUAUGUAUGUGCAUGCAUGUAUAUAUACAUAUGUAAUGUGUGUUUGUAUGUAUAUAUGUGUAUAUAUAAAAAAAUAUACAUAUAUAUAUAUAUUAUAUAUACAUAUGUGUGCGUAAUGAUACAUACAUGCAUUCAUACAUAUAUACAUAGGCAUGUAUAUACUAUAUAUAUAUACUGUAUGUGUGCAUGUGUGUGUAUAUAUUUGGAAAGAAAAGGGGGGUAUUUUUGAAUGAUAUUUGUUAACUGAGGUAGGGGUAAGUUAACAUGUCAAAAUAUGUGGAUUUUUUCCACUUUUUGUCUAGAUUUAAUUUCUGAGAUAAGUCACUUGCAAUUUUAUCUACUGAAACUAGAUUGGGACCUAUUUUUAUGUCAGGAUAUUUCAUGAAAAUCUUAUAGUGUGCCUGUAUACCCUCAACGAAUAUUGAUUUUUAUUAAUAUUUUGUAGGAUAAAAAAAGGGAUUCAGUUUGUUUGAAAGUUUGGCAUGAGAUUUGUAAAUCUUAAGUUUAAUGGAUAAAGUUGUUACAUUAAAAUUUUAUUGUAAGACAAGUUAUUUUUCAGAAACAUA